AUUUCUUUCUUCAAUACUAUUAAUUAUUGUCAGAUUUAUUGGAUUUAUUCUCUCAACCUUGUGAAAUUUUAUAUAGAUCAUUAAAAGUUAAACAUCAUUAGAUUUUCAAUUAUUGGAAGGAUGAUUAUAUUUACAUGUAUUAUUACUGUUCUUUCAAUCUUCGUAUGGGCCAGAAGACGGCAAGUAAGGAUGGAGAGACAAAAAAACGUUGCCAGAUCUGGUGAAAUACUUAUGGAAUUACUUGCUGAUGAUGAAGAUUGUAAAGAAUGGGUUGACAAUAGAAUCAAACAAUUAUACUCAAGCAUAUCUGAUGAAGAUAUUCGUAGUGGAAAUAUAUUUUUAAGAGAAUCUAAAGCUUUUGAUGUAACCUUCAAAUCAUCACAAGAGCUAAGAGAGAGAGUAGAUAUUAUGAAAAAUAAGAUAGACAAAAACUGUCCUCUUAGCAAAGAUAUAGUAAAUAAUGUUAGCAAUAAGCUUGGAAUAUAUUUGAAUUAUUCUUCAAAUGCUAUUGAAGGAUCAGCUCUUAGUUUACAGGAAACCGAACUUGUUCUUUUAUCAAAUGAACCUAUAAAAGCUAUACCAGGAAAUAUAAUAGAUGCUAUUGGUCAUCAACAUGCAUAUCAGGAACUUCUAAAAAUUGUAACCAAACCUCGUGAUAAUUUCAUUAUAGAAGAUAUUCUUAAUAUGCAUAAGUACGUUAUGCUGAACAGACCUGAUAUAGGAGGAAAAUUUCGUGAAGGUUUUGUGAGAAUCAAGAGAAGAAAAGUACUAACAGCUCAUCCUCUUGAAAUACCUACCUUAAUGGAUCAACUAAUAAAAUGGGUACAGUCUACUAAUGAUCACCCCUUAGAUAUGAUUGUAAAUUUUCAUGCAAGAUUUGUUCGAAUUCAUCCAUUUGAAGAUGGUAAUGGAAGGAUGGUAAGACUUUUGUGUUGUCUUUUUUCCAUGCAAUCUGGAUAUAGUGUACUUAGUUUUGAUGUCAAAAGAAAGAAUGAGUACUUUGAAUCCAUAAAGAAUUGGGAAGAUAAUAAUAAUUUAAAUUCAUUUGGUGAAUUUGUAUUUAAGGAAGUUGAAAGAACACUAUCUAUCUAUGAAAAGUCUAUUCUGUUUAGAAGUGCAUAUAUGGUUGAAUAGGUUUAUUAAAGAGAUAAAACAUAUUGGAGAACCUAUUAAAAUCAUUAUUGUCAAUGAGAAAAAAAAUGUUUUUAAGAGUUUUAGAAUUAGUGCAAAAAAAAUCAGUUAAAGAAUAAAUUAAUAUUGCAAGUAUUACAAUUUAUUAUUAUAAAAAUAUAUUAAAGACCU